AUGAAAUGUGGUCGUUUAAAGGUACAGUUAUUGCUCAAGGAGUCUAGAAGUAAGCAGGCGCGGCUUCAUUCCUUGAAGUCCAACUACGGCUGGCUUCAAUCAAGACCUGCCGAUGUUGACGUAGACCUGGAAAAAUACAGAAUAAUGCUGCUAAAGUUAUCUUCUGCGUCGUGUGCUGCCAUAGCAGUUCAAAUGGAUCGCCUGACAGAAGAAUGUCAAUCGUCUGAAGAUAUUUUGAUGAUGUUUGAGAAUUUUAUCAACGAACAGACGAACAUAGAAAUGAUUGAGAACAAUAUAAAGAAGGAAAAAAAGAAGAAAAUAUAUCCUGAAUUAGUUUCGGAGAGUCGAAGAUCAUCACUAUCUUUUAUAAUAAAUUAA